AUGGACUAUUUCACAGGUACAAUCUUAGGGUAUUCUACCAAAUCGGCAGUUAUAGCUGUCCUGGGUUCUUAUGUCGUCUAUGCCAUUGUCAACAGUUUAAUAAAAUCACAGCGUCGUCGUAGUGAAGCUAGGAAGCUUGAUUGCGAACGUCCACCUGCCCAAAAGAAUAAUCUUCCUCUGGGUAUCGAUCAAGUGACUCGAGCUCUUAACUCUCUCGCGGCGAAGACUUUCCCUCUCGACACCCAAAAGAAAUUCGAAGAAGUAAAUGCUCUUACUUACAGCAAUUCGAUUCUCGGCAACGAUGGCUUCGCAACUAUUGACGAAAACAACAUCAAAGCGAUGCUUGGAACACAAUUUCCAGACUUCGAUUUGGGUGCUCAAAGGAUUGAUAAUUUCAAGGCAUUCUUAGGACCUGGUAUAUUCGCACAAGAUGGAAAAGAUUGGGAACGAUCGAGGGCAAUUAUGAGGCCACAAUUUGCAAGGGAUAAUUUGAGUGAUUUGGAAAUGGAAGAAAAACAUUUCCAGGUGUUGCUGAAGGCUCUACCUGAAAUUGAAAAAGAUGGCUGGUCGGGCGAAAUAGAUAUUCAACCGUUACUAUUCCGAUUCACGUUAGAUACGGCAACGGAAUUUCUUUUGGGUCAGAGUGUUGAGAGUCAACUUGCGGGAAUACAAACUACCCUUGGCAUCAAGGGUGAGGAGACAGAUUCCGACGCCUUUGCAAGAGAAUUCGAUAUUGGCAACAUGGGCUUGACAAAGAGGUCGAAAUUUGCUCCCUAUAGUUGGCUGGUGUGGCCAAGUGGUUUCAGAAAUGCCAUCAAAACUUGCCAUCGUGUCAUUGAUCGAAUCGUUGCUGAAAAUCUCGAGAAGAUGAAAGCAGCCGGUGAGGUCGGUGAUUCAGACCGCUACGUUUUUUUCGAAGCCUUGGCAGAGCAAACCCGGGAUCCAAUUGAACUACGUGUACAGGUCAUGAACAUCCUCCUCGCAGGUCGGGAUACCACAGCAUCUCUUCUUGGAUUUACUAUACUCAGACUAGCCCGAGAUGCUAAAUGCUACCGAAAGUUGCGUGAGAUAAUCCUGGAAGAAUUCGGCACUUUCAAUGAGCCGAAGAAUAUCACGUUUAUGCAUAUCAAGAAUUGUAAAUAUCUUCAGUGGAUUUUGAACGAAACGUUAAGAUUAUAUCCGCUAGUGCCAUGGAACUUCAGAGUGGCGAAUAAAGAUACUACGUUGCCCCGUGGUGGUGGUAAGGAUGGGAAGAGCAAGGUUUUUGUGAAAAAGGGUACGGUGGUGGAGUAUAGUGUUUUUGCGUUGCAUAGACGAAAGGAGCUUUGGGGUGAGGAUGCGGAUGAGUUUAAACCGGAGAGAUGGGAGGGAAGAAAGGGGGGUUGGGAAUAUUUACCGUUUAAUGGCGGCCCUCGCAUCUGUCUAGGCCAGCAAUAUGCACUCACAGAAGCCGGUUUCUUUAUCAUCAGAUUACUGCAGAAAUUUGAUCAGAUGGAAAGCGUGGAUACGACGGACGUCACGUUUAAUUUGACGUUGACGAUGUGUAGUGGGAAUGGGGUUAAAAUUAAGUUGCAUGAGGCUGGGAUGUGA